AUGGCAGCACCUCUUAUUAGUGAUGGAGAAAUUACCGCAAUACCUCAAAACAAAGUGACUGUUGAACGUCGUGUGCCUGCUGGUCUGGAAAGUACCUUAGGAAAUGCUGGUCUUCCACGAGCUGUCAUUGCUGCUUCUAAAGAGAAACCAAAAGGAACCGAGGGAAAAAAUGUUAAUAACAGAACGGUCUUGCAACAACACGUCGAUUUUUUUGAUGAAGACGGUGAUGGCGUUAUCCGACCAUUCGAUACGCUACGAGGGUUCAAUAUUCUUCUUAGUAUUAUUGGCAUGACUUUCAUUCAUAUAUCACUCUCCUAUGUCACUCAAUCGAGUUGGAUUCCUUUCCUCGGAAACCCGUUCUUUAAAAUUUAUGUUGAUAGGAUUCAUAAAGCAAAACACGGCUCGGAUUCAGAAACCUUUGAUAGUGAGGGUCGGUUUGUUCCUGAGAAAUUUGAAGAAAUGUUUUCAAAAUAUGAUCGAGAAGGCAAAGGUGGAUUGAGCUUUAGCGAUAUUCGACGUUUAAUUCAUGGUAAUGCAAACGCGUUGGAUCCCUUUGGAUGGCUCAGCACUAUAAUUGAAUUUGGUUUUUUAUUUUUGUUGUGCGCUCAAAACGGUGUGAUUUCCAAAGAGGAUCUCAGAAGUCAAUAUGAUGGUUCGCUUUUUUAUCGAGCAGCAGAGCGUGAGAAGGAACGCAAAUCUCGAAAUUCUUACUUUUCCACGCUCUAUAAAA